CAUCAAAAGGGCAUUGUUGUAAUUUUGAAACCCAAGAGGAUCAAAACCCUAACCCUAGUUCACUCCCUCUAUCCCAUAUUAGGGUUUCUUCCUCAUUUUGCCUCACCCCGUCGCAUUACCCACAUCUGCCUCUGCAACCUCAACCUCAAGCCAUGGCUUCGGAGAGGAAGCUAUCGAACCCGAUGAGGGAGAUCAAGGUCCAGAAGCUCGUCCUCAACAUCUCCGUUGGCGAAAGUGGAGAUCGCCUCACCAGAGCCGCUAAGGUGUUGGAGCAACUUAGUGGGCAAGCCCCUGUUUUCUCCAAAGCGAGAUAUACUGUAAGGUCCUUUGGGAUCAGGCGUAAUGAGAAGAUUGCUUGCUAUGUCACAGUCAGAGGUGAGAAGGCAAUGCAACUCCUGGAGAGUGGAUUGAAGGUGAAGGAAUAUGAGCUGCUGCGAAGGAACUUCAGUGAAACUGGCUGUUUUGGCUUUGGUAUUCAGGAGCACAUUGAUCUCGGAAUUAAGUAUGAUCCUUCCACUGGCAUUUAUGGAAUGGAUUUCUAUGUUGUCUUAGAACGCCCGGGCUAUCGUGUUGGGCGUCGCCGUAGGUGCAAGUCUCGUGUUGGAAUUCAGCACAGGGUCACAAAGGACGAUGCCAUGAAGUGGUUCCAGGUCAAAUAUGAGGGUGUGAUCCUCAACAAGUCCCAGAAUAUUGGGGGUUAGUCUUAAACAUGUGGCAUCAGUUGAGUUCUAAGUUUUGAAGUAACCUAGUUUUAAGUUUUUGGAAGUUGUGGGUAUGUUUUUCUGUAGACUACAUGAUAUAUUUUGCCAUUUUCAAGAGAUCUGUUUCAGUUGGUACUAUUAUGUUUGUUCAAAUGUUGAAUCCAAUUGGUAUUGUUUUGAGAAUGGAUGCUAAUGAUGUUUGAAAUCUUUCUAGUAUGAACAAUCAGAUAUUUACUAAAA